CUUCCUUCACUGUCCGGAAACUGUGCAACUCCCAUCACGAAGCCAGAUCAACCACUACACACGCUACAGUCUCGAGUCGCAAUGCGCUAGAGUGAAUCCACUCUAUUGAUUCUAAUCAACACGUCAGAUCCAUUUUAGGAACGCCGAGCGGUGUUUCCGGCCGCAAUGGCCUCCUCUCAGUCGUUCGCCAAACCUUUCCAGAAGAUCCUGGACCCAACUAAGAUCGGAACCUGGAAUGUCGUCCGUCGUCCACCGAUCGAAAAUCACAGUGUUAUUCAGGGAAAACCUCGGGAACAAAACUCGAAUGCCUUCAAGACACACCAGUGGAAGGAGGGAGUGCGGCUAAGAAAGGCGCUCAAUGCCAUCACCCACGGCAAGAAUAUCUUCGCCUACCACAACAUCCGGACUAACCAGGUGGUAUACUCAUUGACAAGAUAUCUGGAGAAAAACAAUGUCCUCCGCCAACUCAUCUACCACGGCAAAAAGACCGUUCCCGCAACCCUUCGAAAAGACAUGUGGGUGCCCUACUACUCAGUGCACUUCACCGACUCCAAGAUCGGUCUGCGAGCCUACCACCUCCUCCGCGAAUUCUCCAUGCAGCGCCAGCUCGCUCCGCCCCGCGAAAUGAUCACAAUCACCGAACAAUUCCUCGCCCAGAAGCGGCCCCGCAACCCGGAAGAAGCGAAAAAAUUCGACGAAAAAUACGCCGAUAAGAUUGGCUGGCUGAUGGAGAAGAAAGACCGGGCCCGUGCGGUCAUGGAUCAAAAGGCUACCAGCGUUGCGGAUAUCGCGGCCGUGCUCUCCAUCCAGGAGGAUGAGAUCGCGAAUGGGUUUGCGGAUGGCAAGAGGGGGUAUCUGACCCCGGCUGCUCGGAGACGGAGAAGGGAGGCGAGGAAGAAGGAGCAAGAGAAGUCUGCCGAGCAGGCUGAGCGUGUGGCUGUUUUCGCGCAGACCCUGAGCACGCAGGAGGUCGACUACACGAUUCUGGAUCCUAAUGAGGACGCGGAACUCCUGGGAGACAACGGUGUCAAGAUCCUCUGGUCUGACAUCCACGACGCUCGCUUUGCGGAGAGGUGGCCUGAUCGUGUCUGGCAUGGCGAGUUGGAUCUGAGCCGCGACCAUGUCAUGGCCGAUGAGAAGCACAUCCCUGGCAAGAAGGAUGUGCUAGCGAGCGAUCAAUUCAAAGAGAAGCAGGCUUAGAUGAAGAGCGACGUGCUCGAUGGUAUGUAGGAAUCGGCGAUGGAUUGGGCUGUGGAUAUUCGCAUCUCUCCAGCGCGACUUUGCACUUGGUCCUAUACAAACUGUACUUUUAGAUACUACUUUACUUUGUGCUUGGGAAUGACGAUGGCGUUUAGCAGACAGAAUUUGAAUUCAUCCGAUAACCCAGUAACCUGCUGGCAAGCCCACAGGGAAAUGUACUGCUUGCGGGCCUGGUAAUCUAAGU